UAUACUAUGUGCCCUUUAUCUGUAAACAUUUGAUAAACCCAAAAUAAUGGAAACUAAAAUGGUUUCAAAAGCCAAAAGGCUUCACUUUAUUUUGAUCCCUCUCAUGGCUCAAGGGCAUCUAAUCCCCAUGGUUGAUAUCUCCAAGAUUCUUGCGCGAGAAGGGAAUAUCGUUACCAUAGUUUCAACUCCUCAAAAUGCUUCUAGGUUUGAGAAGACAGUUGAGCGCGCAAAAUCGGAGUCGGGUCUCCAAAUUAACGUGGUGAAAUUUCCAAUUGCCUACAAAGAAUUUGAUCUUCCCGAAAAUUGUGAGUCUCUCGACACUCUGCCCUCUAAAGAUCUCUUACGGAAAUUCUAUGACGCUGUGGAUAAGCUCCAGGAGCCCUUGGAAAGGUUUCUUGACCAGCAAGAAAUCUCUCCAAGUUGCAUAAACUCCGAUAAAUCUUUUUGGACGUCAAAAACCGCGAAAAGUUUCAAGAUCCCAAGGAUUGUGUUCCACGGAAUGUGCUGUUUCUCUCUUUUAAGUUCUCACAACGUCCAUCUUCAUAGCCCGCACCUCUCGGUUUCUUCAGACACAGAGCCUUUUUCUAUACCAGCAAUGCCACAUAGGAUCGAGAUAGCUAGAUCUCAGUUACCGGGUGCGUUUCAGAAGUUAGAAAAUAUGGAUGACGUUCGUGAGAAGAUGCGUGAAGCUGAAUCAGAAGCCUUUGGGGUUAUUGUUAAUAGCUUCCAAGAAUUGGAACCUGGCUAUGCAGAGGCCUACGCUGAGGCCAUCAAGAAGAAGGUAUGGUUCGUUGGACCCGUUUCUUUAUGCAAUGAUCGUAUGGUAGACUUAUUUGACAGAGGAAACAACUGUAACAUUGCGAUUAGCGAGACCGAAUGCUUGAAGUUUCUGGAUUCGAUGAGACCAAGGUCUAUCUUAUAUGUUUGUCUAGGUAGCCUCUGUCGACUAAUACCUAAUCAAUUGAUAGAACUAGGGUUAGGGUUAGAAGAAUCUGGAAAUCCCUUUAUUUGGAUGAUCAAGACCGAGGAAAAACACAUGAAUGUGCUAAAUGAAUGGCUAAAACGUGAAAUGUUCGAAGAGAGAAUUAGAGGUAGAGGGAUAGUAAUAAGGGGUUGGAGUCCUCAGGCUAUGAUACUCUCACAUGGCUCGACCGGAGGGUUCUUGACUCAUUGCGGUUGGAACUCGGCGAUCGAAGGGAUAUGUUUUGGUGUACCAAUGAUCACAUGGCCGUAAUUCGCUGAACAGUUUCUCAAUGAGAAACUCGUCGUGGAGGUAUUGAAGGUUGGGGUUAGGAUUGGGGUGGAGAUUCCGGUGAGAUGGGGAGACGAGGAAAGACUUGGAGUAUUGGUCAAGAAACAUAGUGUUGUGAAAGCUAUAAAGGUUUUGAUGGACGAAGAUUGCCAACGCGGAAAUGAAGAUGAUGGUAAAGAUGGUGAAUUCUUGAGACGAAGAAUACACAUUCAAGAACUUGCAGUAGUGGCGAGAAAGGCUGUCGAAUUGAAAGGAUCUUCAAGUACUAACGUUUCAUUCUUAAUCCAAGAUGUUUUAGAGAAAUUGAGUGUCGAUAGAAAAGUCUAAUGUACUAUAAGCUAAUGUAAAAGACAAUCUUAAACUCGUUUAAAACAAGGAAAACUGCAAGUUUGCCAUCAUGAAAAUG